AGCCAAGGAGUGAAGUGAAAGAGGAGGAUCAACAGGCAGAUUCACAGUUUGCUGCUUUCUACGCUACACACUCAGACCUAUGGAAAAUUUAUGAAGAAUGGAAAUGACUUUAGUUACUUUUCAAUCCAAACCAAUCACUGUCACGUGGAGGUGCUCCAGCCAGCUUCUGUUGUUGAUGCACUAAACAUGCUGAGUGUCUCAAUACAAGCACAGAGCCCAGGGAGGCUCUCUGGAGAGGAUAAUCAGGACCAAAAAUGAAAACUUUCUGCCUGAUAGAGGAGAAACUCCUGCAAAGAUGAACCCAGAAUCUCUGGACUCGUCGAUCCAGAGUGCCCUCUCGGCCCUCUUUCCACCUUUUGAGGUCACAGCACCAGUUGUCCUCAGCCAGCUGUUUCGUACUAUAGAGGAACGUUACCAUGGUGAUGCAUUGCAGUGUCUGCUGGACUUCCUCAUCCCCUCCAAACACCUGCUGGAGAGUGUCCAACAGGCAGCAUGUGCUGGAUACUCCGAUGUGGUUUUCCGCUGUGAGGGCUGGCCUCUGUGUCUCCACGACAAAACUGUCAUCCAAUUAGCACCUGUGAACCCUUUGCUGCUGCGUCCUGGAGACUUCUAUCUACAGGUGGAACCUUUCGGGGACCAAGCAGCGCGCAUUGUCCUUAAAAGUCUUCUGGAAGAGGGCUGUAGAGAAGUGGAGGAGACCCCGGUGCCUGAGACUUCUUACCCGUGCAUAUUCACUGAAGACUGGCUGCAGGACAUCAAUGAAGGACGGCAUGGAACUCCUCUGUCACGUUGUUUGCUUUGCACAGAUCAAGGAGUAAUCAAGUUGCCCUGGACCAAAAUAGCCAUCCCAGAAUUUCUGGAUAAGCCUAAGAUCAUCCCCACUUAUCAGGAAGCUCCUCCUGAGCCAAAGCAAAUCUCAGUUCCCUCCCAUUUCAUCUCCUCCACUCUACCAAUGGAUGCCAUGAUUCUUCAUGCAAAAGACAAGAUGACAGCAUCUUUCAGAACAGUGGAUAGUUCUUGCAAACUAGUCAAAGUGGAACAUGAACGACGAACCCCCAAAUCGUGUUCCAAACCUUUAAUCAAACCUGUGGGUUGGGUUUCUCCUAAUACUUGGGACAGCGGAAACUAUCGGGGGAUUGAGGGUGAUUAUGUAGACCUUGUGGAUAUUGCAAAAGAGAAGAAGCUUGUGGAUAAACAGAGAGACAGUCAUCCAAAUCCACCCGGUUCAGCUUUGUUCAAACCUGUCAGACCACCACCACCUGUUCCACUUGGGAACAGUGUUCGCUGUGGACACACCCUUCAGUAUGAAGAGGAGCCUUGUACUCCAUGCAGCCAGAGAAAGCUGGGGCAGGAGGCCACUGAUCAAGACUUGAAAUGUAGGUACAGAGACUCUUACUUGGCGGCACUGAAAAACCCAGUUACUUUUGAGAUGGGAAGUGUAGACCUCCUGACUGCCCUGGAGGAGGUCAGCCUUAGUGAAGAGGGAGGGUUAAGUUCCAAGGGUACAUCUGAAGUUCAAACAAAUGACCUGGGAAACAAGUGCAACCCCUCUAAAGAAGCUAUGAUACAUCACGAGCUUUGCCAGUGCAAACAGUGCUGUGAACCAACACCGGAAAACUCUGUAUCUCACCUUGAAGACCUCCCUACAAGUUCUGAAUCAGAGAAUGUUAUGAUGGAAUCACCUGUGAUUUUAAAAUCAACCCCUGGUUUGAGCCUUAGUCAGAGGGUUCAGACAAAACUUAUUUCCCACCAGUUAGGACAGAAUGUUAGUUUGCAUCCAGGAUCAGAUGUGUUCUUGGAAAACCAUGAUGGUGACAGGAAACCUCAUCAGAAGUCAGAAGUUGUGAAACCAUUAGGAAAACAUAAACUUAAACUGAGGUCUCUGUCCACUGUGUCAGAGACACCAAAAGGGAGUCCGCUUCUCUAUAAAGUCAACACCAGGAGCCACAGUGAUAUUUGCCCUGAAACAAUCACCAGCAUAAUCCAGUGUAAGAAAGGUGAACUGCUGGAUCAGGUGAUUCCAAAGCUGGAAAAACUGGCUGGAAAGUCCCCCAAAAAAGACUCCCAGUCAAGCAGAAGUCAAACUCCCUCCGCUACAGAUGGGUCAGACUGCGACCAACAAAACUUUGAGUUCAACCAGUCAAUAUGUCCACUAGUUCAGCUUUCUUCUGCAAGUUCUGAUGCCCAUCAGUCUCCACAAACAGAAGAAGCCAAUUUCAAAAGCAUCAGUGGUCUGCUUGAACUGGGCAUCAUUUGUUUACCAGGCAGCAGGGAUAGGACAGGCAGGGCAGUGGUGGAGGUCCACGGUGAAAGGAAGGAGUGGAUGUCCCCUCUUGUAUCAGCCCAGACUGUCUGUGAAUUACUGCUCUACCUUCACUCCAUACCAAGGAAAGAUGUUCGGGAGCUGGGAAUGACUUUAAUAAUCAAUGCCAAGAAGAAGCCUCCUCCACUUCACCUCUACAAAGCUCUGCUGAUGGCUCAGGAGCAAGCUCUUCACGCUGUGCACAGUAUUGUGAUGCUGAUGGCUAAAGACACUUGUCCACGACCUGAAAAACAGCCAGGGCUGCAGAUGGACAUGGUGACUUCUAUGAAAGCCCUAAACAAGACAGUGGAAGUCUCCCAGCUGACACCUGACCUGGGCGGUACCUUUAUUUACAGCCAUAAAGAUUGGCUGCAGUUCUAUGAGAGAUUGGCUUCUUUCCUGACUGACCUGCGAGGGGCCGACAGCUUGUUGCAGAAGACCAUCAAGAAAGUAGAUGGCAGCAAAAAUAUUGACACUGCUAAGGAUGUACAGCUAUGCAUUCAGGAGCAGAAGGCUUUAAUGAAAGACGUGCUAGAAGAUACUCGACUCGUCACUCUGCAAAGAGAAGGUGGAUCUGUACUCGCCAGGAUGAGGAGAGAGGAGUUCAGAUUUCCACAGUCUGAGGACUACCGAGAUGCCAUGGAGUCAGUAGCAAGUCUGUAUAACCAGGUAGAGGAAAAGCUCCACAUGCUGGUAAUGAGAUCAAAUGAGUCACUGCAGCACCUAGAGUUCCUCUUCAGGCUAAGAGCGAUGGAGGCCAAAAUCAGCACGGUUGGGAUGUGGUUCAAUACUGAAGGCGAACAAAGGUUGAAGGACUCAAACACAACAGAUGAAACCCUGUUGUGCACUGAAAAGGCCUUACAGCAUUUUGAACUGUUUCUCACCCAGUCUAAGAAGAACCAACAGUAUGCCAUGGCCCUGUUGGUAGAGGCAGAGGAGACUGUUGGCAGAAGUGACUCCAGUCCUGUAGCAGAUGUUUUUUGGACUCUGGUUAGCACUUUCAAAUCCAACAUGGAUGAUUUUAUGUUGCGGGCAGAACACAGACACAAAGAAUUGCACACACUGGUGCAUGUGUACCGCUUCUGCAAUCAGGCAUCUGUGUUGGGCAAAGAAUGCAGUCAGUUUUUGGACCAGGUAGGACGGGGGGAUUGCUCAGCUCAGACCCUAAGCAAACUCCAAAUGUAUGAAGAAAGAUUGCGUGGUGAAUUCUCCACCCAGCACUUCCAGGCAUUGAAAGCUAAGGCCUGUACUGUGGAAUCAGGGGCCUCUGGAGUGAUAAGAUCAUGGAAUGCAGCCUGGGUCUGCUGCCAAGAUGUCCAGCAGCGACUUAAGGAGAUGCAGAAGAAGAAGGAAGGCAUAGAUAAGAACCAGAUCCAACAGGUCACAGCUACAAGCCUUCAAGGGGAAGAUGUAAUAGAGAAGGACAAAAUGAGUGAAGUGGGAGAGAAUGAACUGUUCCUGACACAGAAGCCAAACUCUCCUAAAGACAUAGUCAGUAUCUCAGAAAGGGUUACAGCUGCAUGCUUAAACCACCAUUUGAAACCUGACUUAAAACAGUGCAAGAAACGAGAACCCCAACCACAGAAGUCACCUGAAAAUGAGAAAAUGGUUCCUGUUUUUCCACAAAGCAAUGACUGUAAUCUACAAACCAAAUGGAGGCCAAGAGAGCACCACAGUGAGGCAGAUCUGAGGAUCACACACUCAGCCGAAGUGGUCAGUGAUUUUCCAUUGCACAAAGCCUUGGGUCGGUCCCUAAGUGAGGGAUCAUGCAUGAACUCUCAUUUGAUGAGCAUCUCUGGCUUUUCACCUCUGAAUGUAACACAAAAACACUGUCAGAGCAGGACACAGCCACUGGAGCAAAAUCUGCAGCCCAUCCAAAAUCUGCCCACUUCCCAUAACCACAGUUUAUGGACAGAAAACCUGAGCUGCAAGUCAAAAGGAGACAAAAAUGAAGAUGAGGGCAAAGGAUGCACAGUUUCCACGCAGACCCCCGAAGAUGUGAUGAGCCCUGAGACAUUACCCACACCAACAGAAAACAGUGACAAUGUUUUGAAACUGCGGAGGAUUAUAGAGGAGCUGCUGUCCACAGAGCGAGAGUAUGUGAAGGCUCUGGGUUAUGUCAGAGAGCACUACUUCCCUGAACUGGAGAGGCCUGACAUUCCUCAGGACCUUAGGGGCCAGAGAGGGAGUAUCUUUGGGAACUUAGAAAAACUUCACGAUUUCCACAGACAUCAUUUCCUGAAUGAAUUGGAAAGCUGCGUAAAUGAACCCUUCAGAGUGGGACGCUGCUUUUUGCGACAUAGAGAGAGCUUUGCUUUGUAUGCCCUUUACAGCAAGAACAAACCACAGUCUGAUAGACUUCUCAUCAAUCAUGGGAAGGCUUUCUUCAAGCAAAAGCAAUUGAAGCUGGGGGAUAAAAUGGACCUGUGGUCAUAUCUGCUGAAGCCCGUGCAGCGCAUCAGUAAGUACAGCCUGCUGCUGCAAGACAUGUUGAGGGAGUGUGGUCCUGAAAAAAACAGAGAGAUGGCUGAAGUCAAGGCUGCCAUAGAGGUCAUCCACUUCCAGCUCCGCCAUGGAAACAACCUGCUGGCCAUGGACGCCAUCCAACACUGUGAUGUUAAUCUGAAGGAGCAGGGGCAGCUGAUACACCAGGAUGAGUUCCUUGUAACAUUCAUAAAGAAAAAAUGUUUCCGUCACAUUUUUCUCUUUCAAGAACUCCUCCUCUUUAGUAAGACAAAGAAGACAGAUGUAGGAAAUGAAACAUAUAUCUACAAACAGUCAUUCAAGACGUCAGACAUAGGCAUGACCCAAAACAGUGGUGAGAGCGGCCUGUGUUUUGAGAUCUGGUUCAGGAAGAGGAAAACCCAGGACACAUACACACUCCAAGCUGUUAGCCGAGAGGUGAAGGAGGCCUGGACCAGGGCGCUGGAGCGGAUCCUCUGGGAGCAGGCAGUACACAACAGAGAGGUCCGUAUGCAAGAGCGAGUGUUUAUGGGCAUUGGAAAUAAGCCUUUCAUGGACAUCCAACCCAGUGAUGCAGCUAUCAGCGACAGAGCCGUCAACUAUGUACUGAUGGGGAGAGAAAAUAAAGUGCUGUUCUCUGUGGGAUCACAUGGGGAGCAGGACGAGCUCCCAGGAGGGCGGCCAAAGUCUGUUGGUUCAGGAAGCUGCUCCUCCUCCUCCUCUUCCUCUGGAAGGGGCUCCUUGUCCCCUGUGGCAUAUCUGUGUGGGCCAGAGCGGAGGCCUGCUGCAGCGGGCCCUGGAGGAUACGUAUCACCUCCUGGAGCUCUGGAGGAGGAUGAUCUGGACCAUGAGAGUGGGAGUCAGAACUUAUUGUUGGACAGCUCUGAGUCAUCAGGAGAGAGUGUAAGUGGCUUCAGCAGUUCCAGUCACAACUACCACUCUGCUGCUGGAGGAGAGGUGGAGGACACGUCCUCAUGUGCCUCCAUAAUCACUGUUAAGGAGGUAGAGCUUGUUCAUCGAGCUGAAUCUUCUGCAGCUUUUGACAAACCACAUGAUCUGGCAGGAUCUCUAGAGAAAACCCAUCCACAGGUUGCACCCAAGCCCAGUCCACAACAGAUUCAAAACAUUAACGCUGGAAAAUCCACUGAGGUGUGAGCUAUCAGAUAUAAUACAAGAUUUGGAGGCAAACCAAGAAAAGCCAAGAGACGUCUGUUACUGCAGUCCAUUACCACUAUGUAAAUACUGUAAAUCUUUUCUAACCACUAAAACAAUAGGUCAGAACAUGUAUAUUAAUGUACUGUAUUCUGAGCAUAAAGGAUGUUCAAAUUUGACCUGAUCAGUGUAGUUUCACAGUUCAUGCAAAGGAUCAUAGAUUUGAUAUUUUUGUGUCUCUGUGCAUUCAUAACAUGAUGUUCAACUAUACUGUCAUUUGAAAAUGUGACUAAAUUACCUGGUGUAAUAAAAAGGCAGUACAUAAUGCCAUAUUUUAUAUCCUGAAUUUACUGCGUUUUGUACAGGUUUAUAAAUCAUAAUUACCACAUGUCUUACUUGUUUCCUCUGAAAAUAAAACACAUUCACUCUGUCUUUUUUUUAAAUUUACGGUUUUGUAUAAACUAUGUAACUGUAAGGGUUUCUUUUUGAAAUACAGAACAUUUGCUGUGAUGGUGUAUGCUUGCUUUUAUG